AUGGCCGAAGAUGGUGCUUCUCAGCUCACAGCUCCCAUCGUAGACAUCUCCGGAUACUUGGCGGAUGACGCACAAGCCGUCCCGCGAAUCGCCUCCUCCAUCGCAUCAGCCGCUCACUCCCCCGGCUUCUUCCAGAUAACUGGCCACGGCAUUUCAAGCAGCCUGGUCUCACGACUUCUCGAGAACGUCGCCGCAUUCUUUGCUUUCCCCUACGAGGUCAGGUACUCUGUCCGCAGUAGCAAGUUGACCGCUUUUCGAGGCUUCGAGGCCAUGGGCGACCAGCGCAUAGACAAGGAGCUUGUGGACUGCAAGGAAGGCUUCAUGAUUGGGCGAGAAACAUCACCUGAGGAUGCUAGGUAUCUCCAGGGGCCGAAUCAGUGGCCGCUUGGCCCACAAGGUCAAGAUUUCAAGCAUGUCAUGAUGGAGUUUCAUAACAAGAUGCUAGGGCUCAGCAAGGUGAUGUUCAGCUUGGUGGCUUUGAGCCUAGGCCUGAAGGAAGACUACUUUGACGCCUUCGUUGACACAAUAUCCAUGAUGCGAGCGCAUCGGUAUCCGCCCAUGACACCAGAGACGGCCAAGAACUCGCGAGGAAUUGGCGAGCAUACUGACUUUGGGGCACUUACUCUACUUUUACAAGACCAAGUUGGGGGGCUGGAAGUGUUUCAUAGGCCAUCCAAAACAUGGCACGCUGUUGAGCCAGUGGAAGGCGCCUUUGUGGUGAACAUCGGAGACAUGCUGGAGCGUUGGACAAACAGCCAUUAUACCUCUACUCUCCAUAGGGACUUCUGGAUCAAGUAA